CCUCUCUUUCGGCCAUAUUUCCGGAUCCCCUUCUAUCACCAUAACAACGAUAGCCAUGUCUGGAUUGCCUACUAUUCUCAAAGCUACUGAGGAGGACAUCAAGCUCCUCCUCUCUGCCCAGUCUCACUUGGGAACCAAGAACUGCGAUGUUCACAUGGAGCCCUACGUCUGGAAGCGCCGCGCUGAUGGUGUCCACAUCAUCAACAUCGGCAAGACCUGGGAGAAGAUUGUCCUCGCUGCCCGUAUCAUCGUCGCCAUCGAGAACCCCGCCGACAUUUGCGUUAUCUCUGCCCGCCCUUACGGUCAGCGUGCCGCUUUGAAGUUCGCCUCGCACACCGGUGCCCAGGCCAUUGCCGGUCGCUUCACCCCCGGUACCUUCACCAACUAUAUCACCCGUGCCUUCAAGGAGCCCCGUUUGAUCAUCGUCACCGACCCCUUGACCGACCACCAGGCCAUCAAGGAGGCCUCGUACGUCAACAUCCCCGUCAUCGCUUUUGCCGAUACUGAGUCUCCCCUCAAGUACGUCGAUGUUGCCAUCCCCACCAACAACCGCUCCAAGCACGCCAUCGGUCUUGCCUACUGGUUGUUGGCUCGUGAGGUCCUUCGCCUCCGUGGCACCAUCUCCCGCUCUGCUCCUUGGGAUAUCAUGGUCGACAUGUUCUUCUACCGUGAUCCCGAAGAGAAGGCUGAGGAGGAGUGGACUGGCGAGGUCUCUGCCCCCGUCCCUGCCACCGGUGACUGGGCUGCCGAUGCUGCCACCGCUGACUGGUCCGAGGCCCCCGCCACCGACUCGUGGGGCGCUUAAAUCCCAGAGUGAUUUUUAUUUUUUUGUUUUUUUUUCGGAAAUAAAAGAAGAUCUCAUUUUCCUGUUCCUGUGUGCA